AUUCUCUUUUUCUUCCUUUAAAGAGAUGCUUUUGCUGUUUGUAUGGCCAGAUUUUCAUCCCACAUCCAUAUCCAAUAUCCCAAUAAUAUAUUCAAGAAUCAUUUAUCAAUAAAUUAUUCAAUCAUCUUCCUUUAAUGACAGGACUCCACAAAAGCAAAAGGUAUUCUUGCAUGUUUACAUUACAGAAUUGGUCAAAUCAACUGGAAGAAGAAACAAACUUAAAAGAGAGAAAAAAAUGAAACAUAUUUAUAAAAUGGACAAAUAAUUAUUUACUUGCUUUCCAGUUUGCAGUGGUGUCAAGUGUCAACAUACUAAAGAUUCUUUUCUAAAGCGAAGUGAAAAAGGUGAAGCUGAAAGAUGAAGUUGAAUUCUUUCUACCUUUGGAAAAAGCAGAUUUCAAAAUAUUCAAAAGAAAAAAAAAAACGUAGUAAUGUGAGUGAACAUUGAACAAGACUCUUCACUAACAAAAGUUAAAGGUAAUCCAAGAAAUAUUAAGUGACAUAAUUAAUAUCCACUUUUAGGGAGUCUUGAACUUCACUGAAAUACUAAAAUAUUAUACCAGUUUAUCAAACAGAAUACAGCCUAUCUUCAUCUUCCAUGGAUUUCCUUUUACAAUCCUUUGUUCUACUUCUUUGCUUCAGUUCAGCAAUUGUGUGCCAAGUUACAGAGUUUGUAAGUAUAGACUGUGGAAGUGCAAGCAAUUAUACGGACCCGAGUACAGGAUUAGCAUGGACUUCAGAUGCUGGAAUAAUGGGGCAUGGAAAACCAGUUGUGGUAGUGAAUUCAAAUGUAGACUCACAACAAUAUCAAAGGCGAAGAGACUUUCCAGCAGACAGCAAGAAAUACUGUUAUACGUUAAGCACUAAGGAGAGAAGGCGAUAUCUUGUCAGAGCAACAUUUCUAUAUGGAAGUCCUGCAGCAGAGGGAACAUACCCCAAAUUUCAGCUCUACUUGGAUGCAACAAAGUGGGGAACUAUAACCAUUUCAGAAUCUUCAAGGAUAUAUGUGAAGGAAAUGAUCAUAAGAGCACCUUCAAACUCGAUCGACGUGUGCUUGUGUUGUGCUACAACAGAGUCCCCCUUCAUAUCUACUCUUGAGCUGAGACCUCUAAACUUGUCAAUGUAUGCCACAGAUUAUGAAGAUAACUUUUACUUAAAAGUAGCAGCAAGAGUAGAUUUUGGAGCUCAAAGCAACGAACCUAUAAGGUAUCCUGAUGAUCCCUAUGACCGUAUAUGGGAUUCGGAUCUAGCAAAAAGGCCAAAUUUUCUAGUAGAUGUGGCUGCAGGCACAGAAAGAAUCAACACAACAAAGUACAUAGAUACAAACACAAGAGAGUAUCCACCUGUUAAAGUAAUGCAGACUGCAGUAGUUGGGACUAAAGGAAUGCUCAGCUAUAGGCUGAAUCUUGAUGAAUUUCCAGCAAAUGCACGAGCUUUUGCAUACUUUGCUGAGAUUGAAGACUUGGGGAAAAAUGAAACCAGAAAAUUUAAAAUGGAGCACCCUUACGUUCCAGACUACAGCAAUGCUGUGGUGAAUAUAGCAGAGAAUGCAAAUGGAAGUUAUACUUUGUAUGAGCCUAGCUACAUGAACAUAACAUUGGAUUUUAUACUGUCAUUCUCCUUUAGAAAGACUCGUGACUCAACUCGAGGCCCACUACUAAGUGCAAUGGAAAUAUGUAGAUAUAUGCAAAUUUCUACGAAGACCAAUGAACAAGAUGUGAGUACUCUCAAUGCCUUCCGCUCCAUGUCAUUGGGAAGUGAUUGGACAGAUGAAGACGGCGAUCCUUGUGUACCCACGCAAUGGGAAUGGGUGACUUGCAGCACAAGUAUUCCACCAAGAAUCACAAAAAUAACACUGUCAGGCAAGAAUGUUAAGGGUGACCUUCCUCGUGAGCUACAAGAUAUGAAAGGAUUGACCGAGUUGUGGUUGGAUGGAAACUCCCUGACCGGACCAAUCCCUGACUUGAGCAAUCUUGUUAAUUUGAGAAUUUUACAUCUUGAGAACAACAAGUUGACUGGUCCAAUACCUUCAUACCUUGGAGGUUUACCAAGCUUAUUAGAACUAGAUGUCCGGAAUAACAGCCUAACUGGAGAAAUACCGUCAUCUUUAUUAAAAAGAAAAGUAACUUUCAAGUAUGAAGGAAAUUCUAAUCUAAGACCUGAGUCAAAGCAUAGUAAACGUUACAAAGUGAUACUAGGAUCUUCAAUUGGAGCGCUUGUGAUUAUAAUUCUUCUAUUCGCAGUCAGUAUAUUCUUUUUGUGCCACUUCAGAACAAAAGUAUCUCAUCAAAAAAGUGACACAAAAGGCGAAUCUAUGCGCACAAGCACUAAACCCUCAACAACUGUUUCAAUCGCACGAGGUGGAUCCUUAAUGGAUGAAGGUGUAGCAUACUAUAUCCCACUACUUGAGAUAGAAGAAGCUACAGAAAAUUUUUCAAAGAAAAUUGGAAAGGGAAGUUUUGGACCUGUUUAUUAUGGAAGACUUGGAGAUGGGAAAGAAGUUGCUGUCAAAACUAUGGCAGAUUCAUCAAGUCAUGGAACCAAACAAUUUGCUACAGAGGUGGCUCUCUUGUCAAGGAUCCAUCACAGAAACUUGGUUCCAUUGAUCGGAUACUAUGAGGAUGACCAUCAACGCAUGCUUGUCUAUGAAUACAUGCAUAAUGGAACUCUAAGGGAUCACAUAAGUGAAUCCACCGAUAAAAAGCAUUUGGACUGGCUAGCACGUCUUAAGAUUGCAGAAGAUGCAGCCAAAGGCCUUGAGUACUUACAUACUGGAUGCAACCCCUCAAUCAUUCAUCGAGAUGUGAAAACUAGCAACAUUCUCUUAGAUAUAAAUAUGCGAGCAAAAGUAUCUGAUUUCGGACUAUCAAGGCAAGCUGAAGAAGAUUUAACACAUGUCUCCAGUGUGGCACGAGGAACCGUUGGCUACCUCGAUCCUGAGUACUAUGCAAAUCAGCAAUUGACAGAAAAAAGUGAUGUGUAUAGCUUUGGGGUUGUCCUUCUGGAAUUGAUCUCUGGAAGAAAGCCUUUUUCUACUGAGGAAUAUGGUGCUGAAUGGAGCAUUGUUCACUGGGCAAGAUCAUUGAUUCGCAAAGGGGAUGUGAUCAGUAUCAUGGAUCCUGCACUAAUAGGACAUGUUAAAGUUGAGUCGGUAUGGAGAAUAGCAGAAGUUGCAAUACAAUGUGUGGAAAGGCAUGGCUCAUCCAGGCCAAGAAUGCAUGAAAUCCUCACAGCUAUACAGGACGCGAUCAAGAUAGAAAAGGGGAUUGAUAAGUUGUCUUCAUCAGGAAGUUCAAAGGCACAAUCUUCCAGAAAGACACUCUUAACAAGCUUCCUGGAGAUAGAUAGCCCUGAUAUAUCCCAUAGCUCACUUACCCCUUCUGCUAGGUGAACAAGUAAUUAACAAGAACUUUGCCAAACACUAGUGUUUUAAUCUUCUUGGUGUAUGUCCUGUCUUAACUUCCUUGCUCUUUUUUUUCGGACGUACAUUAGUACAUAGUGAGUAUUAUUUUAACUGUACAUUAACAGAGACACCAGUAGGAUGUGACACACUAACAAGUAUGCAUAUUUUGGUGGCAAAUAGUCAAGUACACUUAUGUCUCGACUCAAA